AUGGGUCCGUCGUCACCUUCUACCAGCAGAAACACCAGACCCAAGCACUUGCAAACAAUGGCUACCACAGACAAUGAUAAUGAUACUACCGGUAUGCCGGAGGCAUCCUUGUUUCAAGCGACUCACACUGCCGAUGACGCUACAUCCCUCACGGAUGGAGUUCUACUCAACACGCCCAACACAUGUAACAACCCAAACGUUAAUAAAGUCAUUCUACCAUGGAUUGGCUUUGGAACGUACAAAUUGGGAAAAGAGGUAGCAUACGAGGCCGUACUCACGGCACUGGAAUGCGGGUAUCGCUGCAUUGACACGGCAUUCAUCUAUGGUGGGGAAACCACAGAACGAUUGGUAGGAAACGCCAUUCAAACGGCCAUACACGACAAGAAAAUACUCUCCAGUCGAAAACAAGUAUUUGUCGUCACCAAACACUGGAGAAAAUAUCAUGGAUACGAGGAAACACUCCAAUGUCUCAAACUAAGUCUCAAACGACUACAAUUGGACUACGUCGACCUUUAUCUCAUGCAUUGGCCAGGACCUGCUUGGAAGACCAUGAAUCGAAGAAACGAUGUCAUUGAAUCGCAGGGACCAUGGCACUAUGCCAAGGACAAUCUACAGCCAGAAGAAAUGGCACGCCUACGAAGUGAGACAUGGAGAGCCAUGGAAGAUGCCGCCCGACAGGGGAAAUGCAAAAGCAUUGGGGUUUCCAACUUUACGGUCGAACACUUGAAGGCACUCAAACAAACUGCUACCAUUUGGCCUCCAGCCGUCAAUCAAGUGGAGUUUCAUCCGCUCUAUCCGCAAACGGAACUCUUGGACUACUGUCGCCAAGAAGGAAUUGUGCUCCAAGCGUACGCCUCUCUUGGCGGACAAGAUACCGGCAAGAAGCAAUGGAACAAAUUGGCCUUGGAGGCGCUGCCGCCAACAAUAACAACAACAAUGGAUUCACAAGAUGGCGACGCAAGCAACAACCACAAACGAAAAAAGCAAAAGAAGCAGAAGCUCCGAGACACGGUGGUGUCACUCUUGUCGUGCCGCCCAGUGGUGGCCAUGGCGCAAAAACAACAGGUCACUCCCGCACAGAUUCUCUUGAGAUGGGCCCUUUCUCAGAACUGCGUCGUCAUUCCCAAAUCCACGUCCAAAGAACGCAUGAUAGAGAAUGCAGAGGUGCUAUCCUUUGCUCUGACAGUGGAUGAGAUUUCAGAAAUUACAACGAGCGUUCAACAGUCCAUCACAAAGUCAUUGUCCGAAAAUCAAGCAAACAAUAAAGAACUGAAUGAAGUGGAUAUUUCGACCAUGGAACGCUGUGGGAUUGGCGCUAUGGGGAGGCUGUGCUGGAGAAACGACCCAUUGAGGCAACUGGACUUUGACUGA